CGGGAUUACUACCUCUCACUUCGGUGAGGCAUUGCUGGUAAGGGUUUUUCCCCUUGAGAGCAUCUCCUUGUUGUCUGGCAAACCAUUUUUAAUUGCUGACAAUUUCCCAUUCCGAAAACUGAAGGUCUAAGGCUUCCUAUUUUUUCCUGCUAACUGCAUUUGGAUUUAACAUUUAUUGAUACAAAUCUACGUUUCAUUUUCAAUGGUUAAUCAUUUCAGGACAUCGCGGUAUUAACCGGCAGCAAGCCGUUUUUCAUUAUUCCUUUUUUAUCUGCAGUGUUGUUUGAAAAAGGAGCAACGCCAUUCCGGCGGUGGUUUUUAACCAGGAAAAGAAAUCACUGUAACAUCACCUGUGCAAGAUGGGCACUGUGUUGUCACUGUCUCCAGGCUCAGGGAAAGGUGGAAUUUUAGAUGAAAAAACAGAUUCUUCAGGUGGCUAUUCCGCUAUUCCAAACAGCAAGAAUAGCAAGCCAGAGAAGAGUUUAAAGAAGCAUUCUGUACUGAUAUCAGCCCUUAACUGGAAACGGUUGGUAGCUGCCUCUGCCAAACGAAAAAAUGCCAAGAAGGUGAACCCUAACCCGGGCCCCCAACCCAAGAACAACCUUGUAGAACAAUUGAACAACCAAAAUUUGAAGAAAUCCCUCCAGCAGCAACCAGCUUCGGAUCGGAAAGGACUGACGCGAAAUCAGAAAUCUGGGCCUCUUCCUGUACCUGUGCCAACCGUUCCGAAUCAGAACCAUAACUCUUCGCAGUCUGGUAAGCAGCUAGUGUCUGUUAAAAAACAGCCCACUAGCCGUGCCCUGUACUCGCCCCGCAGGAUAAUUGUUCAAGCUUCCACCGGAGAAUUGCUGCGGUGCCUUGGCGAGUUCAUUUGUAGGAGGUGCUACAAGCUGAAGGACUUGAGCCCUAACGAGCCCAUUUUAUGGUUUAGAAAUGUGGACCGGUCUCUUCUUCUUCAGGGUUGGCAAGACCAGGGUUUCAUCACUCCUGCCAACCUUGUCUUUGUCUACAUGCUUUGCAGGGAAGCCAUCAAGGAAGAAAUUAAGAGCGAAUCUGAGCUGCAGGCCGCCUUUCUCACCUCCCUCUACCUUGCUUACUCCUACAUGGGCAAUGAAAUCUCUUAUCCACUCAAGCCAUUUUUGGUGGAAACUGACAAGGAAAUCUUCUGGGAACGGUGCCUGAAGGUCAUUGAAACCAUGAGUGCCGAAAUGCUGCAGAUAAACUCUGACCCCCACUUCUUCACUCAAGUGUUUCAGGACUUGAAAAAUGAAGGGGAAGCUGAUGAUUCAAAUGAACGCUGGACAAUCAAUCUGGAUCGCUAGGAAGGUUCGCUGUAAACCUGUUUUGAGGGGAGGGUGGGACUGGUUUCAGUCCUAGUCAUGGAUUACAAUGUGGGGUCAUGAUAGUGGCUGAGGCACUGGAUUGCCGAACCUACAGAAUUCUGGGUGUAUGCAGAAAGACGUGUCCACUUAGCCCCACACUUGUUUCCAACAGUGCUAUUUUUAAGAUGUAUGAAUACAAAGGGUGGAAACGAAAAGCUGCUGGUCUCUGCAUACAUUCAUUGAACAAAUAGCCUAGAUUUAGCCAUACCGCUGUGAAUGGCAGUACUGUACAUCAGAAAUUCAUUGGUAUUUUUAUUAUUGAAAUGCAUGCUUCUUUCUGUAAAAUCACGCCAGAGAAUGGGCGGGGGCAGGGUGAUGACAGACUGCGGCACAUUGAUGAAAUGCCGUAGCUGAGGUAUACUCAUCCAUCUCAACUGUUCAGUUUUUUCGCAGAAUGUCCAGAUUUUUGCAUCAUAUUUUGGUCUGUUCCUUAUAAAAUGUGUAGUUUUCCGAUAAAUCGCUGUGGAUUGAAGCUACUAGAUAAUGACAGACAUUUGAGUUUUAGACUUUAUAUCUUUCAGAAAAUGCAUGUUAAUGCGACCCCUGUUAUUCU